AUGACUAUUCACAUUGCUGCCAAUUCUGCAACUCCAAAAAGGCCAGGUAAUGGACAACCUCUGAAACAUAACUCAUAUCCAAAAGAUAUUAAAGAGAAAAUACAAGAGCGCCGACGUUUGAGAAAAAUCUGGCAUACUACGGGAUAUCCAAGUGAUAAAACUGCAUUCAAUAGACACUCAAAUGGACUUAAAGCUCUUAUCAGCACCCUAGAAAAUGAUAAUAUUCAACACUAUCUCUCAAAUCUAGAUCCAACGAGAGACACAAACUACUCACUAUGGAAGGCUACGAAGAAUCUAAAGCGCCCGAAAAACCAUAUAUCACCUAUCAAUGAUGAAAAAGGAGGAUGGGCUAGAUCAGAUAAAGAAAAGGCAACAAUCUUUGCGGAACAUCUGAAAACAGUUUUCCAACCACUCCCUGAAAACAAUCCCGAACACACUAUGGAAAUCAAAGAAUACCUCGAAUCAGCGAAUCAAAUGUGUUUACCACUAAAAAGUACCAGCCCUAAAGAAAUUGUGGAAGAAAUAAGGAACCUCAAGGAUGGUAAAGCACCCGGCUAUGACCUAAUUGAUGCCACAUUACUUAAAAACCUGCCUCAUAAAGGUAUAAUGAAAUUGAAAGCAAUAGAAAAUUGCACAUAUAGUCAUGGUGCCAAAACCCGGUAA